AUGCGCAGACCGAGCGGGGAGGCGGCGGGAGCGGGCGGCUGCGCGGCUGCGCGGGCUGCGGGCGGGGGACUGGUGGCGGCGGCGGUGAGGUCCCGGCCCCGCGCCCGCAGCCCCCGCAGCGGCCGAGCGGCCCGGCCGAGGGACCGGAGCGCAGCGAUGGCGCGGCCGCCGGGGCGGAGCCGGGGGGCCUGGGCGCCGCUGCUCUGGCUGCUGCUGGCGGGGCCGGCCGCCUGCGCCGCCAGCCCCGGGGAUGACGGCGCGGGGCCGGGGGGCCGGGGACCCCGAGGCCGCGUGCGGGGCGACGCGGGCGCCGACGAAGCGGUGCGGCGCCACGACUCCUCCUACGGCACCUUCGCUGGAGAGUUCUACGACUUGCGCUACCUGUCGGAGGAAGGUUACCCUUUCCCUACUGCUCCUCCUGUGGAUCCAUUUGCCAAAAUCAAAGUGGAUGACUGUGGCAAAACUAAGGGAUGCUUUAGAUAUGGAAAACCAGGCUGUAACGCAGAGACCUGUGACUACUUCCUUAGCUACCGGAUCAUAGGGGCUGACGUGGAAUUUGAGCUGAGUGCAGACACCGAUGGCUGGGUAGCAGUUGGAUUCUCUUCAGACAGGAAAAUGGGUGGUGAUGACGUCAUGGCCUGCGUCCAUGAUGACAAUGGCAGGGUCCGCAUACAGCACUUCUACAACGUAGGCCAGUGGGCAAAGGAGAUCCAGAGGAAUCCUGCCAGAGAUGAAGAAGGAGUUUACGAGAACAAUCGAGUCACCUGCAGAUUUAAACGCCCCGUGAACGUUCCUAGAGACGAAACCAUUGUCGACCUGCAUCUGAGCUGGUAUUAUCUGUUUGCUUGGGGUCCAGCCAUUCAGGGCUCUAUCACCCGACACGAUAUAGACUCACCACCUACUUCUGAGCGUGUUGUCAGUAUUUACAAGUAUGAAGACAUUUUUAUGCCAUCAGCUGCCUACCAGACCUUCUCCUCUCCAUUCUGUUUGCUUCUCAUUGUUGCCCUGACUUUCUACUUACUGAUGGGAACCCCUUAAUCACAGCUGCAACGCCAGCACAUCCCAUGGAUUAGAAAGUCUUCAGUAUAAAUAUAUAUUUUUAAAGAGUAUGUAGUAUAAUUUUAGCUUCUAUUGUUUUAAAAAUAAAAGGACUCAUGAUUUCAGCUUUUUGGAAGAAAAAAACAAACUUCUUUUCUAAUCAAAGAGGAUUGUUUAAUAAUGACCCCAUACUUUUGGAAAAUACUUAAAAUUUUUCUAAGUUUUCAUAUUUGAGCUUCACAAUAUCUCUGAGUUGGUUUGAUGAAUAUUAUUAUUGCCUUCUUACUGAAUGGGGUCUGAGACCCAGACAGCUGCCUUUUUGUGACUUGGUCAGAUAACAGGUAGCAAGGUAGAUAAAGAGCUAAGCAUGGGAUCCUGUCCCUAAAGCGCCUCUCCUCUUCCAACCACAGCUCAGGAGACUUACUUGGAAAAUUGCUAAAGAGAACUUUACUGCAUGGACAUAGUUCACAGUCAGCCUUUAAGGCAGAAGAACUUUCAAAUUUUCAUAAAGCUUAAGUGCUUUUGGAUAAUUACACAGCUGAUGGGAAGAAUGGGGGAAAUUACAAUAAUAUGAAAAUGGUUCAUAUUUCUUUGAGAUUUCCUCUCAAUUAGUGAGUAGCUAUGAGAAACCAUUUUUUUUUUUAUUGCUGUUGGAAAGCUUAGAAACAGUUGGCUGAUCCUGAAGAUGAAAAUUAUGUUAAUGAUAGAAAAUAUGGGCAUUGUUAGCAGUUAGAAUUCAACCACUGUUUUAUAAAUUAAGGUAUUAAUCUGUGGUUACAGCCUAUUCUGUUGCCAGAGUAACAUACAGUGAGAAUGAUUUCAUAAACAGUAAUAGAUCAGAUCAUCUUAAUAAAAAUUUAAAGCAUUUGGACAACCCAACAUUUUGCAGAUUGUGGAAUUAAGCAUAGAAACAUUUUUAAGAUGAGAUUUUUU